AGCAGGCACGUUCUUUUAGCUCUUUGGUCGUAAACAGAUGCUGUCAAGAAGUGCAUUUAUUGAUUGAAAAUUGCAUUGAAAAAAAAAACAAGAUCGAUUAUUCAGCAAGAAAUGGCAGAUCCUAGAAUUCGUCAAAUUAAAAUCAAGACGGGCGUCGUGAAACGGAUUGCCAAGGAAAAAGUAGUCUACGAGAAGGAAGCAGAGCUACAGAAGAAUAGAAUUCAAAGAAUAAAAGACGAAGGGCAAGACGAGCACAACAUUCGGAAGCAAGAAGAGGUUCUUCAGGAGUCCCUGAUGAUGGUCCCAGACUGUCAAAGGAGAUUAAUCAAAGCAUAUACAGAUCUCAAAACUACUUUAGAAACAGAACAGGACCUCAAAGAACACGAGGAAUACAUUACCGCUGAACAGGUUCUCAAGGACGCUGAACCCCAGCUUCCAGCCAUCGAGUCAUAAUUAUCUCCUUUUUAUAAAUUAAUAGUAAUUU